AUGCGGGCGGAUCCCACAUUACAUUCAAUCUCAUCAAUUGUUCAAUUCUCUUUCAAUCACUCACUCAAUUUUUUUUUUCGUUCUUUUCACCGUUGUUUUUUUGUAUUUUCUUUUUUUCAUAAACUUGCAGCAAAAACUUUAUUUGGUUCAAUUGUACCCAUGAGUGACAAAUCUGAAUCAUUACCUAUCCCUGUUCCAGGGACUGAGAAACAUAGUAGCACAAAGGCUUCACCUCCAGUUAAACCAAAAAGUCAGCCAAUCUCACCAUUAUCUAUUUCAUUGGAUCAUCUCAGCAUGACCAAACAUACAGAUGCAACUCCCACGACAGAGAAAGCAAUGGCUUCUAUAGCUCCGAUGUUAGAGGCCUAUACACCAAAAACAAAUGCAGAAGAUUCGGUUUCCAGAUUGAACUCCAUAUCUUCAGCCUCUGGUCACCCAAGUGAAGACGAUUUGGUACAGCCAUUAACUACCGAAAAUUUAUCUGGUAUCAAAUCGCACUCAAAUUCAUUUUCAGAUGGUCAUAGAAUCAUGAAGACAAUUUCAAAUACCUCAAACGCUUCAAGAAAAUCACAUGCAGAUGUACCAAAAUUGCCAAAGAUAGGUACUAUCGGUGUCUGUGCUAUGGACGCCAAAGCUUUGUCCAAACCAUGUAGACGUAUUCUUGGACGUCUUAUUGAAACCGGGGAAUUUGAAACUGUGAUUUUCGGUGAUAAGGUCAUUCUUGAUGAAGCAAUUGAAAAUUGGCCAACCUGUGAUUUUUUGAUCAGUUUUUUCUCAAAUGGGUUCCCUUUGGACAAAGCCAUUGCCUACGUAAACUACAGAAAGCCAUAUAUCAUCAAUGACUUGGUCUUCCAGAAAGCUCUUUGGGAUAGAAGAGUGGUUUUGGCCAUCUUGAACCAUGCCAAUGUUCCAUCUCCAUCAAGAUUAGAAAUCAGUAGAGAUGGAGGUCCAUUUUUGGAGCCCCAACUCUUGGAAAGAUUGAAAGAAAUUGGCAUGUCUGAAGAGAAACUUUAUAAUUUGACUCAUCAAGAAGAACCAGACUGGGAAAUGGUAGACGAAGAUACCCUUAGAGUAGGUGAUAGAGUCAUGAAGAAACCAUUUGUUGAAAAACCAGUCGAUGGUGAAGACCACAAUGUUUACAUAUACUAUCCAACUGCUACAGGUGGUGGUGGAAGAAAGUUGUUCCGUAAGAUUGGUAACAAGUCCUCUGAGUUUGAUCCAACUUUGUCAAGUCCAAGAACCGAUGGGUCAUUUAUAUACGAGGAGUUUAUGGACACCGAUAAUUUUGAGGAUGUCAAAGCUUAUACAGUGGGUCCAAAUUUCUGUCAUGCCGAAACUAGAAAAUCUCCUGUUGUUGAUGGUAUUGUUAGAAGAAAUACCCAUGGUAAAGAAAUUAGAUAUGUCACUGAAUUGGCCGAUGAUGAAAAAGCCAUGGCCAGGAAUAUCAGUAAUGCUUUCAAACAAACAAUUUGUGGGUUUGAUUUACUUCGAGUCCACGGCAAGUCAUAUGUUAUCGAUGUCAAUGGAUUUUCGUUUGUCAAAGAUAAUGACGAAUACUAUUCUUCCUGUGCAAAGAUCUUGAGAGGUUUGUUUAUCGAAGCCAAGAAAUCCAGAGACUUGUUGUCGAAACACAUUCCUAAAACAUUAAAUGCAAGUCAAUUUGAACAAAAAGGUCAGAAAUGGGUGUUCAAAGGUAUGGUCACUGUUAUUAGACAUGCUGAUCGUACACCAAAGCAAAAAUUCAAGUAUUCUUUCCGAUCCCCAUUAUUUAUUUCCUUGCUUAAAGGCCAUAGAGAAGAAGUUAUCAUUAGAGCUGUUUCGGAUUUGCAGGUUGUAUUAGAAACCGUUAAAGUUGCUGAAGCUAAAGGGUUAGAAGAUUUGGCCAAAUUAAAACAAUUGCGUGGUGCAUUAGAAAAGAAAAUGAACUUUCCAGGUACCAAGAUCCAACUUAAACCAACUUUGAAUAGCGAAAACCCUGAAAUUGUUGAUAAAGUGCAAUUGAUCUUGAAAUGGGGUGGUGAACCAACCCAUUCUGCUAAACACCAAGCAACGGAUUUGGGUGAGCAAAUUAGACAAAAACUUCAGUUACUUAAUCGUGAGGCGCUCGAAAAUGUCAAAAUAUAUACUUCCUCAGAAAGAAGGGUUAUUGCUAGUGCUCAAUAUUUCACUGAUUCUUUACUUGAAUUGGACGAACCAUUACCUGAUGAUUUCCUUAUCGUUAGAAAAGACUUAUUGGAUGACUCCAAUGCCGCAAAAGAUUUAAUGGAUAAAGUGAAAAAGAAAUUGAAACCAUUAUUACGUGAAGGUGCUGAAGCGCCACCACAGUUUGCUUGGCCACCAAAGAUGCCUCAACCAUUUGAAGUUAUCAGCCGAGUUUGUGAAUUGAUGAAUUUCUACCACCAAAUCAUGAAUUACAAUUUUGAAACAAAGAAUGUUGAUGAGUUUCAAAAAGAAUGGUGUACCGGCGAAGACCCAUUCUUGUUCAAAGAAAGAUGGGACAAGUUAUUUCUUGAAUUUAUCACAGCUGAGAAAACACAUCCGUCUAAAAUCAGUGAGUUGUAUGAUACCAUGAAGUAUGAUGCGUUGCACAACCGUCAAUUUCUUCAAAUGAUUUUUUCAUAUGAUCCGAAUGAUGAAGAGCUUCUUGCUCGUUUAAAAUCCACUUGUGGAGGCACCGUCAAUUCUUCUGGUUUGGUUAGUGAAUAUCCAAUAAAUCUCUUGGCCAUGAAUAAUUUCAAGAUUCCAGAUUCUGUUUCUACCUCAACUAACAAUUCAUCCGUCAAUCUUAAUGCUAGUCCAAGCUCAACUACUGGAUCUCUUGGUUGGGUAUUAAGCGGUGCUACACCAAAUGGUGGUAAAGGAAAUGAAAAGACUCCACAAACUCCAUUCGAUGACCCAACUUUUGCUAGAUUACGUGAAUUGUACCGAUUAUCAAAAGUCUUGUUUGACUUUAUCUGUCCUCAAGAGUAUGGUAUCAAAGAUGAAGAAAAAUUAGAUAUUGGUUUGUUGACUUCCUUGCCAUUGGCCAAACAAAUUCUUUCUGACAUUCAUGAUAUGAAAAAGAACGAUAGACCAGCUUUGGUUAACUAUUUCACUAAAGAGUCACAUAUUUAUACUUUGUUAAACAUCAUCUAUGGUUCCCAGUUGCCAAUGAAGAUUGCUAGAAACGCUCUUCCUGAAUUGGAUUACUUGUCACAAAUUGUAUUCGAGUUGUAUGAAGCUGACGACCCAACCAGUCCAAGCGGAAAGAAACAUUCUAUCAGAUUAUCAUUAUCGCCAGGUUGUCAUACUCAAGAUCCAUUAGAUGUUCAAUUAGACGAUGAUCAUUACAUUGCAUGUAUUCCAAGAAUUUCAUUAACCAGACAUUUGGAUAUGGAUUUGGUUACCCAAAGAUUGAAAUCAAGAUUUUCUAGAGUUUCAUUACCAAAGAAAUUCACCCCAGUCAAUAUUUCAAGUCCUUUAGUUAGCGGUAGUAGUUAA